AUGGACACGCAUGGUUGCAGCCACUACGGUUGCCCCUGCCAUUCAAUUGCACAUCAGUCUGUACCGGGACCAUCACGACACCAACCUCUUACAUCUCCCACCUCGCCCACAUCGCAACAUGCAAGGUACACCAUCCACUCGCCGUCGGAACGCGAGCCAACGUCUGUAUACGCGCGGACGAUCGACUGGGCACGCUCGCAACAGUGGACCAAGGAAGAGGUGGAUGACUUUCUGCUCACCAACCGCACCGUCGUGACUGCCGGUACAGCCUCGCUCGUGUCCACGGCGGCAUCGUUUCCGUUCGACUCGGUCAAGUCGCGGCUGCAGGUGCGCGACUAUCCGUCCAUAUGGGCGUGCGCCAAAGCCGUCGUGCGCGAAGAAGGCUUUCGCGGCUUCUUUCGCGGCGUCACCAUCCCGCUCAUCACCAUCUCGUUUGUGCGCACCUCCUCCUUCUCCAUCUACUACAACACCAAAGCCUACCUGCAUCGCCAGGGCAUUUUUGACUCGCCACGCCUUCUCCACACCGCACUCUCCGGCGCAGCAGGCGGCGCGACCAGCGGCAUCAUCAUCUCGUGCGGUUCGGCGCCGUUCGAACUCGUCAAAGUGCAGCGUCAGCUCGAGUACCUCAUCGCCGUCCAAAAGGGUCUUGUCAAAAAGGCGCCGCAGGGCGGCAGUGGCGGUCGCACUUUCGUGCCGCAGUCGGGCUUUCAGGCCGCCGCCAACAUCUACCGCAACUUUGGCGGCAUCAAGGGCUUCUACAUGGGCUUUCCCCUGCACAUGGCACGCGACACCUUUGGCACCGCUCUUUACUUUGGCUUCUACGACACCAUCCGCAGCCUUGUCUCGCGCCACUCCAAGACAGAGCCCGGGCGCGCGAGUCCGAGUCUGUACGGCAUCCCGGGCCCCGUAGUGUCGUUCCUCUCCGGAUCGUCCGCGGGCAUCCUGUCGUGGCUGAUCGUCUACCCCGUGGACCUGAUCAAGACCAAGGUGCAGCGCGACGCACUCGCCGGCACACCGCGCCAGUAUACCGGCUGGCAGGUCUUCCUGCACAUGAUCAAGGAGCGUCCGCCAAUACCCCAUGCUCAGGGCCGGGGCGUGCUCAAGACCGACACCUUCCUCGCGCGCUUCCUGCGGCUCUACCGCGGUCUCGGCGUUUCGGCGCUGCGCAGUUUCAUCUCACAUGGUCUUACAUGGACGCUCAUCGAGUCGAUCUCGGCCAAGAUUACGGAACGCACGGGCAAGUCGGUCUCGUAUGCGCCCGACGCCCGGCGCGACGAGUAA